AAUUUUUGAAACCAAGCCCCGCCCAUGAUUCCGUCUCUUUACCACCAAAUGGUCCCUUCUCCAACUCUCUCUCAACUCUCAUCCCCUUCCAUUUAUCGAGGAGGCCGAGAGAAACCCACACACGUGCUUGCAACUCUUUUGUCAUAGAAGAUAAGCACGGAGCUGCGCUACCUUCUGCCGCUUCGCCGUGAUGCUAUCCCUUGCACCAAAGAGGAAAGCUUGGAAGACAAGAGAAUCAGAUAUCACACAAGUGUUCUGAUCGAUGGGACAUUAGUGAAGCAGCCAGAGAGAAGCAGAGAGCUUCGUGAGACCUGCUUCUCACCGAAGAAGAAAGGAGAAAUCUUCGUAUCGGUUUCCUAUCUAGCGAUUGUGCUUUGUCAGAGGAAGACGAAGGAAGCAGGUAGCAGCGCCGAAACAGGAGGUUUGGCGUUGGCUCGGCACAAGGAAGAAGAGAGCAGAAGAGGUUUCCGUUGGAAGCUUUGGUUCGUCUAUAAAAGAAGAAGAGAAGAGAUUUGGCUCCUAGAAGACGGGGAAAAAGCCAGAUAGAGUUCGGUUUUGGGCUGGUAAGGGAGAAAAAGAGGCUUUCAGAAGGGAAGAAACCAAGCCGAGGAAGAGAGAGCUUUGGGAAGAUUUAGGACUUUCGGAUUAUUUAAAAAGAGGGGGCAGAAGAAGAGAAAAGAAGAAGGAGAAGAUAAGUGAGAAGAAAAGACAGAGCAAAGAGGGGAGAGAACAUAAAGAGAAGUAGAGAAUUGAAGCUAUAUGUCAAGUUUCGUUUUCCCUUAAAAAAUCUUCAUUUCGAGGAGGAACUGGAAGUAGCAUGAAAAGCUUCAAAUGCUAUCACUUUCACGAGCAUCAAUCAAGAUCACAGUAUUGCCUGUCGUAGUUCAUCUUCAAUCCAGAAACUCAGCAACACAAUGCAAUCACCAACUGUUAUACCACUCUCUGAGUUGCCCAUUAAUUGCCAGAGAAGAUUACAGUGCCAGCUCGAAUAUGGCUCGAUCCAAUUGGCUGGUCACAAAGCUGAGCAAAGAAGGCAAGAUUGACCAGGCAAGGAAACUAUUUGAUGAAUUGCCUGACAGAGACGUAAUUACCUGGACUACGGUGAUUACUGGAUAUAUCAGAUGUGGGUUUAUCGAAGAAGCAAGAAAGCUAUUCAACAGAGUUGAUGCCAAGAAGAAUGUUGUCACGUGGACUGCAAUGGUUGGUGCAUAUUUGAGGAGAAGACGGGUAGUGGAAGCAGAGAAACUUUUUGAUGAAAUGCCAGUUAAAAAUAUGGUUUCUUGGAAUACUAUGAUUGAUGGCUAUGCUCAGAAUGGGAAGGUUGAUAAAGCUCUUCAGCUGUUUGAGCAAAUGCCUGAUAGGAACGUGGUCUCAUGGAACACAGUAGUUACUGCUUUGGCGCAAUGUGGGAGGAUAGAUGAGGCAAUGGAGCUGUUUGAUAAAAUGCCGAAAAAAGAUGUGAUUUCCUGGACGGCAACAGUUGCUGGUUUGGCCAAAAAUGGGAGGAUUGAUGAGGCUAGAAGGGUAUUUGAUAGGAUGCCUGAAAGGAACGUUGUUUCCUGGAAUGCAAUGAUAACAGGUUAUGCACAGAAUAUGAGGUCGCUAGAGGCUUUUGAGUUGUUUGAGAGAAUGCCGGAGAGGGACUUGCCUUCAUGGAAUACAAUGAUUACUGGCUUUAUUCAGAACAGAGAGUUUAAUAUGGCUUUGAAAUUGUUCAAUGAGAUGCCAGAGAAGAAUGUUAUCUCAUGGACAACAAUGAUUACUGGGUAUAUACAGGAUGGGAGAAGUGAGGAGGCAUUGAAGUUUUUCUCGAAAAUGUUUUCAGACAGCAUGGUGAAGCCUACUCAAGGAACUUUUGUGACUGUUUUGAGUGCUUGUAGUGAUCUUGCAGGUCUUGGGGAGGGACAACAGAUUCAUCAGAUAAUUAGCAAAUCAGUCCAUCAAGAUAAUGAAUUUGUGGUAUCAGCACUUAUUAACAUGUACUCAAAAUGUGGGGAGUUGGGUACUGCUAGGAAGAUGUUUGAUGAUGGAUUAGUAAGCCAAAGGGAUCUUGUGUCUUGGAAUGGUAUGAUUGCAGCCUAUGCUCACCAUGGAUAUGGACAAGAAGCAAUCAGUCUAUUCAAUGAAAUGCAGAAACUGGGAUUUAAACCCGACGAUGUCACCUAUGUUGGUUUGCUCUCUGCUUGCAGCCAUGCUGGUUUGGUGGAGGAGGGAAUGAAGUACUUUGAUGAACUUGUGAGAGACAGGUCCAUACAAGUGAGAGAGGAUCAUUAUGCAUGCUUGGUUGAUCUCUGUGGUCGGGCGGGAAGGCUAAAGGAGGCAUUUGAUUUUAUCGAGCGGCUUGGGUAUAAGCCCUCUGCUUCUGUAUGGGGUGCUCUUCUUGCUGGGUGUAAUUUUCAUGGCGAUGCAAAUAUAGGGAAACUGGCUGCGAAAGAACUUUUAGAGGUAGAACCAGGGAAUGCAGGGACAUUCUCAUUGUUAUCUAACAUUUAUGCUUCAACAGGGAAAUGGAGGGAAGCUGCUAAACUGAGACUAGAAAUGAAGGACAAGGGAUUGAAGAAGCAGCCUGGUUGCAGCUGGAUUGAAGUUGGAAAUAGGAUCCAUGUGUUUGUAGUUGGUGAUAAAUCUCAUUCCCAAUGUAGACUUAUUUAUUCUAUUCUCCAUGAUCUUCAUGCAACAAUGAAGAAGAUUAAGCAUGUACCAGAAAUUGAUUUUGGAGCAGACAGUGAUUUCUUGUUGACUUGCAUAUUUCGUGAUUUUCUAUCACUGCCAAAAGUUGAUUAACAGAAAAUGCACAAGUGGAAAGCUAAGUGAAUCCCUUUUGUCCAUUUCAGGCUUUUCAGCUACAGAUCUCUUUAUAUCCCUGUUUCUUCUCCCCUUGAUGUUAUUAAAUUGUUUCCACUGAUUUUUGUAACAGCAAAUUAGUAUAUUCCUGACGCCAAUUUUCAAUUUAAGGACGGGAGAAUAAGCUUAUACAUUAUAUUUUGGAAACUCAGCAUCUUUGUAAAUGAAUGGGAAGGGGCAAAAGGCCAAUUUUGAUU